AAGGGGUGUGUGGGGCUUUUGGGGCUUUAUGGGUAUAGAGUUGGUGAGCUUAAUUACAUUUUGUUACUUAUCAGUGAUAGUUUAAUUUGUGUUUAGUGCGACUAAGUUAUGGGUAGGAAGCCUUGCUGCGACAAACUUGGAGUGAAAAAGGGGCCGUGGACAGCUGAGGAAGACAAGAAACUCGUCAACUUUAUUGCCACCAAUGGCCAGUGUUGCUGGCCUGCUGUUCCUAAGCUCGCCGGCCUCCGCCGCUGUGGCAAGAGCUGCCGCCUACGAUGGACUAAUUAUCUUCGCCCUGACUUGAAGAGGGGCCUUCUUUCUGAGGAUGAAGAACAGCUGGUCAUCGACCUUCAUGCCCGUCUUGGCAAUAGGUGGUCGAAGAUUGCAGCCAGUUUGCCAGGCAGAACCGAUAAUGAGAUCAAGAACCACUGGAACACCCACAUCAAGAAAAAGCUUCUUAAACUGGGAAUCAACCCGGUUACUCAUGAAACUUUGAACAAAGAAUCCAAACCUGAAGGAAGUUGUUCCCAUGCUGAAAAUUCUGCGGAUAAUAAUAUCACCAUCUCAUCGGAGGAUAAUUAUUCCACUAAUGCUACAACAACUGAUAAUUGCUCGACCGGUGACAACUCCAACUUGUUUGACAGAAUCUGCAACGAUGAAUCAUUAUUGACCAGCUUAUGGCUCGAUGAACCUCCCCUGGUUGAUACUUCAUGGAACAGUACUGCCACACCAGCAGCAACAGAUACUUGUAAUAAUGAGACAAGGUUGCCAUCAUGGGAGGAUAACAGCGCAUGGUUGCUGGAUUGUCAGGAUUUUGGGAUCAUUGACUUUGGGUUCGAUUGCCUAAACGAAAAUGACCUAAACACCAGCAAAACAGUAGCCUGAUCAUCCCCCUCCCCAACCCCCGCGAGUAGUUGUGAGUAAAAAAAAAAAAGCUUAGAGAAACAUGUCAUCUUUUAUCAUUGGAAUCAU